AUGGAAAAAUCACUUGAAAAUGUGGAGAUUGUUACGAAUCCGGAUGACAAUCACUGGCAUGAAAUAGUGGAGUGGAUGGCCAAGGAAGUUGAAUGGCCCUUUACGCAUGAGGACCUCGAUACGUGGAAAAAAUCGUUUUGUGGAAAGUUUUGGUUAUACGUUGCAGUUGUAAAAGAAAACAAACAAGCUAUUGGUUGUGUUAUGCUGAUGUCCGAACCGCCGGCUUCAGGAAAAGCCGAGGAUAUAGUCUACGUAGUGGGUAUCUGCUCAGUAUUGGGAGCAUACUAUGUUCGCGAAGAGUGGCGAAAAUAUGGCGUAGGAAACACUUUAUUCAGCAAAAUCAUGGAAGUGACGCAUGGAUCUAAUGUAGCUCUGAUUGGAGAACCAAGCAUGUCGCCAAGGUACGCUUCAAAGUAUGGUUUCGAUAAAAUGCCAGACUAUAGAAAUGACAUGGCAAUUAUUCCCACCACGCACAUUGUUAUUCCAAAAGCCGACCCGAAUUACAUUCUGAAGGAUAUUAACGAGAUUGAUGCAAAGAAAUUAGCUAUCUACGACUCGUCAGCAUCCAUGUUCGAUCGUGCUGAGUAUCUUCUCAAUUUCAUUACUAGUAGUAAUUGCUUUACUAAGGUAUCUCCUUCUAGUGUUAGGUUGGCUAAAAAAUAAUU